AUGGCCACCGCGGCGGCGACCAUGACCAUGGCGACGCACCACCCCCGCGCCCGCGCACCCCUCCGCGUCUGCGCCGCCUGGGACAUGACCCCGGGCGCCGCCACCGUGUCCACGCCCAAGCCCUCCAAGGCCAAGGCCAAGCCGCCGCCGCCCGCGACCACCACCCCGGCCCGCCCGCCUCCUCCGACCCACGCCGACCUCUUCGCGCGCUCCAGCGAGGGCCAAGGAGUGUUAAAGAAGAGCACAUAUAUGGGCUUUGAGAAAUGGUGGUUGCCACCUCCACCAGAGGUGAAGAAACCCCGAUCGCUCUACAGUGCGGCGUCACUGGCUUACUUGGGAGACUGCAUAUAUGAACUUUAUGCUCGGAGGCACUUCUUCUUUCCACCUCUGAGCAUCAAUGAGUACAACAAACGUGUGAUGGAUGUUGUGAAGUGUGAGUCACAGGACCUUUUGUUGAACAAGCUUCUUGGAGAGGAUUUUCUAACUGAAGAAGAAAGGGACAUACUUCGUUGGGGGAGGAAUAUUGUUAGCAGCAAAACUCGCACCAGAAAGCGUGCAGGAAUUGCAGUCUACAAUCGGGCAUCUUCACUAGAAACACUGGUGUGCAGUACUCUAAAAUUGCAUUGGAUAUCUUUACCUCACAAAUUUCAAACGGUUAGAGCAACUGAUGUUUCAAUUGGGCUUCACAAGUGGUGCCUCUUCACAACAUAUUGCAGACGAGCUGCGCUCAAGUUUCCAGAAAACAACCCCAGCUUCUGCCACACCUCCACAACCUGCAACAAAGUGAACAGCUCCGAGGUGUAA